AUGAAGACAGGACUGGAGUCUGUUAAGAUGGCUUUGAGAACAUUUUUGGAUAAUGCUGCAGAGGACCUGGAGAAGACAAUGGAGAACCUUAAGCAAGGGCAGUUUACGCACACUAGGACUCAGCCAAAAGGAGUGACACAAAUAAUUAACUAUACCACUAUGGCUCUUCUGCCAGUGCUAUCUUCAUUGUUUGAACACAUUGGACAGCAUCAAUUUGGAGAAGAUUUAAUACGUAGGUAUUUAAAUAGAAAUAUGAGGUACUUCUAUAUCGCCAAGUCUUGAAUAUUUUGUGUUUAACAUUAAUAAAGCCUGGCUACAAAUAUUCCAGGCAUUUACUGUAGGCAGUGCCUUGAUUUAGUUGUAGUAAUUUUAGCAUAAAGACCCCAGGAUUAAUGUUAUUGACUUAAAUAUUCUAUCUCUGCCUUUGCCACAGUUCUGAUUAGUGAUUAUCUACACAUAUAAGAAAAAUGGAAAUGUCAUCACACUGCCAUUUGUUUGACUACGGACAGAUGGCACUGUGAAUUUCAGUGGGACAAGAGGCAGUGGAUGGGGUGGCUCAGGCAAGCCACAGACUGCAUAGGUUGCCACAUUUCAAGCAGUGAAAAUCCGGACAGAAAAGUUUUUGAGCAAAGUAGUUUGCCCAAAGUUGUUGAGCUUUUUGGACACAAUCAAGGAAAAAAUAAAAUACUCCGUUUUUUACUUGGACAUUUGCCCAAUUUCUGCACAGACACUGCUGCCAACUGUGGUAUUCCUAUGUCCAGGAAAAUCUGGAUGUAUGGCAACUCUAAAAUUGCAACAGCUGUACUGCUCUACUGGCUCCUCCUUCUACCAGCCCUGGGAUCCCUGCUCCCAGGAUUUAGAUUCCCAGAACAGCUGGUCAAUUUAGGGUUCUGUGGCUGCCACCACUCCACUUACGAUGAAGAAUUAGGUUGAAUAAGGUGGCGGCAGAUGAUCUGGGGAAAUGAGGCUGGUAGAAGCGGAUUUUCCUGCCACCGCCUCCCCCUGGCAGUUUCAGGUUGGGAGCGCCUGCUGAAUGAGGGUGGCUAUUGUGCAGGGGACUGUGGUGGAAGAGACGAUCCUUGCAAAACAGGUGGUGGCACCUUCCAUGAGUGGCACUUCAACUCAUGGAAGGUACGUCCAUGCAAUUUUCAGGAACCCGCUUUCUUCCCUGGGCUACAACCCAUCAUGUUCAGAAGGGUCCCCUGCCCUUAAGGAAAGACAUCUUGAGGGAGAGGGAAGGAGGGGGCAGGAAAGUCAGCUUUCCACAGCUCCAACCCUUUGUGUCGUAGAAUUUAGACACAUUCUUGGUAUGUUUGAUGUGACAAUAUAACUUGUAUUUCAUGAUAUAAUCAAUUUUUGUUUUUUCAUAUUAUAAUAAUUCCAUACAUAAUACUUAACAUUGUUUAAAAUGGUUUCCUGAAAGAUUUAUAUUGUCUUCUUAGCUGUGUUUUGCAUAUCGGUGAAAUGAAUUGCCUUUAAAAUGCUUUCUUUUAUUUCCAUUUUCUUUAGUGGAAGAUGUUCAAGUCUCUUGUUACAGAAUAUUGGCCAGCUUGUAUGCUCUGGGGACAAGCAAGAGUAUCUAUGUGGAGCGGUAAGAGGGAAACACCAAAAACACAACCAAAAAUGUCUUGUGAACUUUUAGGGUGGAAUCCUGCCUCUGUUGCAAAUCUGGAAAUUUUAUCAGUCACUUCAGUGAAACUGUGUACUCAUUUUAAACUUCCCAUCCUGCCAAACAUAGCUCUAUAGUGGAAUUAACAAUAUUUAUGUCAAACAGCAAUAUAAAAUCAAGAGCUGAAAGGGGGGGAAAGGGGGUCAAUAUGGCCAGUAGAUUGAAGACAUAAACACUUAUACCAGUUCAUGUAAUGAAAAAGGGCUCGUCUCCAAAGACCUACUGGAACAAAACAAUUCUUAAUUCACUUUCUAAAGGUAAAAAGUCAGGCUGUCUUGCUGGAUCUUUUCAGGAAGGGGUUCUACAGGAAUAGUGCAUCUGGUGAGCCAUGGAGCCAACUUCUUGACACGGAUGGCAUCACUGUCUGCCUGGAUAGGGCGGGGGAUGAGGUUGGUGAAGAAACUGGUUGCAGCACCAAAUUGGCAGCAGUGGUCUUGCCAGUGCAUCUGGAUGGUUUUGUCUUUGCUGCUGCUACCUGGCCCUGCUCUAGCCCAUCCAGCUAAGUGGCAGCGGCAGCAGCAGCAGCACAGGUGUCAGGAGGGCACCAAUGCACUGCUCCUGGGUUCCACAAUUAGGGUGCUGCUGUUGAAAAGACCUGUCUCUUUCUUUUAACCAUUCAUCCAGCUUAUGCAAAGCAAUGUAAAACUACCCUUCAAGUGGGUAUCAAUGGUACUUUUGGAAUUAAUUUCAUUUUCCAAACAGUUUUCAAAUGCGGCCCCAUGCAUACCACAUUACAGUAGUCUAGCCUAGACUAGAGGUUACUAUGACAUGUGUCAUAAUAGCAAGUGCACAAUUUUCUAGGAAUAGUUACAGCUGGUGGACCAAGUUUAGUUCGUUGGUAAUAGCUAUUUUCUGCCUUCCGAGGUUUCAGCUGUUGAUGAGAGUCAUCCUCAGCUGGCAUAGGUAAUGGGAUUACAGACCCAAAAAAUGGCUACUUUCUUCAGUUUAUUAAUCCCCUUUUUGUGUAACCCAAUAAAUAAAGGCCGUAUCAAGUGAACCUGCCUUGUGUUUUAAGUUGUGCAUCAAACUCCCUGCUGAGAACAUGUUGGUGUCUACUUUACUGGCUUUCUGGUUCCAGGUGAAGAUAAUUAUAUUCUCCUGAGCUUUCAGUGGGUGGUAUAUUAAUUUCUGCUAUUUCUCUGUCUUGAAUUUUUGAUUCUGCAGGCAGCGCUCAGCUUUAGGCGAAUGCCUAGCUGCUUUUGCUGGUGCCUUUCCUGUGGCAUUCUUAGAAACACAUCUGAACCAUCACAACACACAUUCUAUUUACAACACCAAGACUACAAGAGAUAGAACAGGUACAGAAAAUGGCUUCCAACGUAAAUUUCAUAAAUUAUCCAGACACCACUGCUUAUGUAGAUGCCUUUCAUUUUAUGACCUUCUUACGUGUUAAUGCCUGCUGCUUUUUAUAUUUGCUUAGUUCCUUGGUGAGUGCCUAAACUUCUAAAGGCAUAUUGUCUUCAGUGGACAAUAUGGAGUUGAGAGGAAAGCUCAGAGUUUUCAAUUGAAAUCAAGGUGACUUCCUGUUAAUAUGGUUGAUACAUUGGUAGUUCAAAUGUCAUGAUAAACCAUGGUUUGCUGUGAUGAGAAUGAACUGCAGCAGGCCUUGGGCUCACUUGACACCUCACUUCUUUGGCAUGAGGAGAAGAGUAGAAGCUUUUACUUUAGCUUUUGAUUAACAGUAGUUGAUAUCUGAACUCUAAAUUGUUGUUAUUUCAACAAACUGGUUUUUUUAAAAAAUAAACCAGUUUAAUAAACCAUGAUUUGAGGUUAACCUUGUUUUAAACAAACCAUCAUUAUUUCCUGCUUUAGAUCUCAUGGGUGAUAAAUUCAUAGUCGUGAAAGCUCCUUAUAAAUAUGCACCAGAGGUUCUUGAAAUCUGGGCUCCAUCACAAUCCUCCCCCUUCCUCUUCUCUCCCCCUCUCACUCAUAAGGAGAUUUUACUGAUCUAAAGGCAACUCGACUAUUAUCUGAACUGAUGAGUGAGGCUUCCAAAUAUGAAUUGCAAGCUACAGUUUGAUCCCAAAUUACAAUUUUGUAAUUGUAAUGGUUUGAUGAUUUGAAUGUAAUAGUAAACUAUGUUUUGAUGAAGUAAGACAAUAUUUAAUGAAGCCAUAUGUGUGAGUGAAGGAGUAGGAAGAGGGAGGAACACUAAAAAAUAUGGUUUGUUCCCAUGGCUUGGAGGGUUGCUUGAACAACGGUUUCAAAUAUAUGCUUUCAAUUCAUUUUGAUUAUUUACUUUUAGAUUGCAUUAAGGUAAAUAAUAUUAUUUGCAUAUUUAACAAAAAUUAUAAACCUCUUAUUAGAACAAAGAACCAUUAAGUGAUGUUAAUAAUAAUGGAUAUUAAAUCACAUCUCUUCGUAAUGUGGAUAAAAGUGUAUUUUUGUCUUAACUAAAAUACUAGUGAUGUAUGAAAGGAAAAAUCUGAUCAGGAUAAAUAUAAGAGUUUGUUCAUUAUUGGUGUCAAGUAAAGUUUUUUUUUAAUUGUUACUGAUAUUAUUUCUUUUAGGUCUUAGCUUACCAAACAGUGUAGAAGAACUUUCUCCAAACAUUCCUUCUCUGGAGAAGCUAAUGGAAGAAAUUGUGGAAUUAGCUGAAUCUGGCAUUCGCUACACACAAAUGCCUCAUGUAAUGGAAGUUGUACUGCCUAUGCUCUGUAGCUACAUGUCACACUGGUGGGAGCAUGGACCAGAAAGCAAUCCUGACAAUAGUGAAAUGUGCUGCACAGCUUUGACUUCAGAGCAUAUGAAUACCCUUCUAGGAAAUAUACUGAAAAUCAUACAUAAUAAUUUGGGCAUAGAUGAGGGAGCCUGGAUGAAGAAAUUAGCAGGUAAAAUGAAAGAAAAAUAAUAUGAAUUUGAUUUAUUUUUGCUUGGAUUCCAUUGCUAUGCAAAUACUUAAUACUAUUCUGGAUUUUAAGCUGAACAAGAAUACAUUAAAAAGAAAUAAGAAAUUGAGAAAUGUAAAUAUAGAUUAUUUCAGCAGACAGAUUUCUAAUUGAUUGAAGAGUGUUAAAUGGAAAAGACCAGCAAGGACAAGAGGCUGUGGUAUUCUAAAUUAUCAGACAGUGUAAGUAGUUCUAGUGAUAGGAACAAAGAAUUGACAAGAAUUUGCAAAAUACUGGAUAUAGGUGGAAUUGAACAGAAUUCAGUAGGUGAUUCUAGGGUUGCAUGCCUUUGAACUGAACCAGGACCCUGACAAUGAAAUAGAUGUUUGGAGGAAGAGAGUAGUCACUGGAGUAUAAUAUACCUACUAUGGGAAUGCAACAUCUUUUAGUAUAGUUUCAUAUAUUAGUAUGCUAUAAAAUUAAUGAAUUCCUUACAUAGUGUUUUCUCAGCCUAUCAUAAGCAAAGUGAAGCCUCAGCUCCUGAAAACGCAUUUUCUGCCACUGAUGGAGAAACUGAAGAAAAAAGCUGCAAUGGUUAUAUCCGAUGAAGAACAUUUAAGAGCAGAAGGCCGGGGAGAUAUGUCGGAGGCAGAACUCCUCAUCCUAGAUGAGUUCACAAUAUUGGCACGGGACCUUUAUGCCUUCUACCCAUUGUUGAUUAGAUUUGUGGACUACAACAGGUACAUGGCUUAUAAAUCUGUUCAUUUAUUUAUUUCAUUAAAUUUAUGCACAGUUUGAUGGAAAAACACACACCUCAAAGCAGUAUUUUGGGGUUCUGCGAGUCUGUGAUCCACAAGUUGUAAUCUCUUCUCUGCCAGAAUGAUUACACAACCAGACUCCUCACUCUUUAUCAGAAAUGAAUAGUGGAGAGAACAGGUGGGGAAGUACAAUCUCUAGUCUAAGAUAAAUGCAGACUUUGCUAAAUGCUCUAUGAAAAAUUUGUAAACUGCUUUAUCUGGAAUAAUAAAAGUGAUGAAAAACAUUUUUCUUUGUUUAAUUUCAGAGCAAAGUGGCUAAAAGAACCUAAUCCAGAGGCAGAGGACCUGUUUCGUAUGGUUGCUGAUGUAUUCAUUUACUGGUCAAAAUCCCAUGUAAAUGCAUUAUUUUUGUUUGUAGCAAAACAGAUAGAAUGCCCAUCAUUGUAGGGGAUAUGGAAAGAGAGACAAUAUGACAGGAACCAAAAGGUUGAGAGGAAGGUUUUGUGCAGACAUUAAACAAGGAAUAAUUUUAAAGAGAUUGUGGAAGGUGUCGUUUCUGAAAAGUCCAUACCUUGUUUAGCUGGUGGCAGUUUUAUACACUUCCUUAGUGAAUGUGUGAGUGUGCAUUUAUUUCCUAGCAGAUGUUUGUAUUAAUGCAGUGAUGUCAUUCAGUGAAUAAAAAGGCACAUGACCUGAAUUAAAGCCCAAACUUCUCAGUGGAGGCACUUAAGAUGGAAGCAACCAUGCCCUAUCAGGAUUGUUAGGAAGAGUGAACAGAGUAUACAAUAUAUAGCAUUUUCCACAUUUUAAAAUGUUACAAAAAGUUCAUUUGUAUUAGGCUUGUAUUGUAUCACCACUGUCAUAUUUAUUUGCGGAUUCUGCAAAUAUUUAUUUGUGCACCUACAUUUAGUUCAAUCUCUAAUGACGACUGUUGUUCACUGAUAAAGGUUAGUUAUACUAUAUUUAAACGCCUAAUUUACUAUAUUAUAAAUUGAAUCUAGUGACUAAGAUAAACUUUAUACAGGUCUUGAUGACUAAGAUAAACGUUAUACAGGUCCUGAAGUAAGGUCUGAAGGACCCAGUUUUGAUAUUGUGGUUAACCAUAGCUAACAGAUGCAUUCAUGAUGAACCACCUGGCUGUUUCACUCCUCCUCCCUGGUGCAUGGAGGACUCAAACCACAACCCCUUGUUCAGAAUUAUAUCCAAAACAAGGCUAUGGUUUGAUUUCCUCAAACUAUGAUUGGUAAAGUAAGAACAAACCUUGGCUUUAUGUUUGUUUGGAGCAAAACAGUCCUUCAUUCAGACAUUACUCUAAACCAGGGAUUGUGGGUUGAUUCUUCCACAUACUAGUAAGAAGGAUUUAGGGUGUCUUCUGAUUUCUAAUUUGUGUACUUAACAAAAUAUUCUUUAUACAAUUUCAGAAUUUUAAAAGGGAAGAACAAAAUUUCGUUGUGCAGAAUGAAAUCAACAACAUGUCUUUCCUUAUUACUGAUACAAAGUCCAAGAUGUCCAAGGUAUAUAAAACUACAGAAGUUGUAUGGAAUUUUCUCAACAUAUACUGACCAAUCCCCUUUUUGCUUUAAGUUGUUGCAGCAAAAACAAUUUUGGAAUUGAUAAUCUUUUACAUUUCAUAUACAUUCUUUAUACCAUUAUCAUAUUUUCUAAGAAUACUUUGUUUAGAGAUGAAUAAGAAUUUUGGAUUGGUAUAGGUUGGAAGCAAACUCCUCUAGUUUGGAAAGUGUUUUUCCAUUUGUUUCUUUAUUUUACAAAACGUAUAGACUGCUUAAUAGUAAUAAAUAGUAAUUAAUCCUUCCAAAAUAAUGACUCUAUAUUUGUAUCCUUUCACUCGUCUACCUUAGGGGUUAAAGUUUCCAAAGCAACCUUAGCGAGAUGGAUUAGGGCCUGUAUUUUCUUGGUUUAUCAUUCCCUUAAAUUACCCCAUCCAUCUCAUGUUUUGGCGCAUGUUGGACAUUUGUAGGACAGCUACCAGUGUGGUGCAGUGGUUAAGAGCAGUAGUCUCGUAAUCUGGGGAACCGGGUUCGCGUCUCCGCUAAUCUAUAUGCAGCUGCUGGGUGACCUUGGGCCAGUCACACUUCCUUGAAGUCUCUCAGCCCCACUCACCUCACAGAGUGUUUGUUGUGGGGGAGGAAGGGAAAGGAGAUUGUUAGCCGCUUUGAGACUCCUGAAGAGGAGUGAAAGGCGGGAUAUCAAAUCCAAACUCUUCUUCUUCUUCUACCUGGUUGGCAUCUUCCACCUUUACCAGACAUUACAAAUUGGACCAGCUGUCCUCAGCUCAGGCAGCCUUGGGUCCUACGGUGCUCCAACAUGUAUUAUAGUCAGUGUAUUGCAGAGAUGGGACCUGCCUGAAUUGGUGACUCAGCUGUGGUAUGUCCCAUUCCAUUGGAUAUGAUGCCCCACAAACUAAAAAUAACAGCUGGACUUACCUGAAGUGUAGUUUUGAGAGUGGGGCAUUGUAUCCAAUGGACCCAACCCUAGGGUGCUCUGCUAUACACUGUUGGGAGGAAUAUGCUCCAACCUGAGUGCUAGUUUGUCACAUUCCUUGUGUUGUGUUUCCUUGCCAUUCAGAUACUUAGCAAUUUAGAGAUUUUAUUAUAGAAAUUUCCAGAAGGGGGAAGUAGGCAGGUAUUUUCUUUCUCUUUAUGGACUCUGUCAGUACUUGGCUUGGCAAAUCCAGAAAACUGAGGGAGUCCAGCCUACUUCCCACAAGUCUUUGCUCCUGUCUAGUGUCUCACAAUAGGGUGAACAUCCAUUCCAUUCCAUUGGAUACGACGCCCCACUCUCAAAACUACACUUCAGGUAAGACCAAUUGUUCUUUUUACAACUUGAAAAUGAUUUCUUCUUAUAUAUUGCAGGCAGCUGUUUCUGAUCAGGAAAGGAAAAAAAUGAAGCGGAAAGGUGAUCGUUAUUCAACACAGACUUCCCUUAUUGUGGCAGCUUUAAAAAGACUUCUGCCUGUUGGGCUAAAUAUUUGUGCCCCUGGUGACCAAGAACUAAUUGCACUGGCAAAAAACAGAUUAAGUAUGGUAGGUUAACUAUACAGAUCUGCUUUUAUAUCUAGGUUGGCAGAGAGGUGAUGUGUUCCCUCUUACUUGUCCUAUAUAUUUUUCAAUACCUGCCAUUCUUCAUAAUUAUUUCUAUAGGGAAAAUGCUUUAUCCUGCGAGGUGUGUUUGGCAUAUGUGGUUUCUUACUUUGUCUCAGAUUUCUCUGCAGCGCCCAGAACCAGAUCGUGUCGUCUUUACCACCCCCCUGCCUCAUUUUCUUUAAGCUUCUGCGCAACUUCCAAGCGCAACUUCCUCUCCUUUCUGGGCCGAUUUACCUGAAAGUAAGUGCCUUUGCACUCAGUGUAGCUUCUCAGUGAGUAGGAGUUCAUGACCGAGGAAGCCCCAAGUCCAUCCUCUCUCCCUACUUUUCAGCUUUGCUUGCUUCUUGCUUUCAGGUGUCUGGGUAGCUGCCACAUUUCCCAGUAGCAUGGGGCACCUGCAUGCAAGAGGCAAGGUUGCAGCAAAGGGGCGCAGGAGGUUCCUUUGCACUGAAUGGGGCUUACUUAUGGGAAGGAGCCAGCCACGCCCCAUCACAGCUGCAUCACUCACUCACCCACUUCAUAAAUUGACCGCAUAAAAAUGAUGUGGUUUUACCAUCACUAAACAGGAUUUGGAUACUGCAGACAAGAUGCAUAGAGUGGGGACCACUUUUUUAAUAUAUGUAGGCCUGCACUGCAAAGUUAUUGAAGCAGGGAUAUGAAACAAAUACCACAGUUUUCAACUAGGCCCCCUUUAAUGGUUCCUCAUCAUCCUGGGGAAAAAGUGACAAGUGGGGUGCUGCAAGGUUUUGUUCUGGGGCCUUUGUUGUUUGACAUCUUUAUAAAUGACUUGGAUGAGUGAGAACUGGAUUCCCCCCCCCCCAAGUAUUCUUUUUAAAUGUUUUGCAAAAGCACUGGAGGUCUUCUGCACACCAUACUCAAAGGAAACACAUGCAAAACUACAGUUGUUUCCACAGUUAACAGGGCAAUUGCCACCCACACCUAAGGCAGAUAUUAGUAACAGAAUAAACUACAAUCUAAUAUACCAUAUACUGUCUUACCACCACCAUUCAGAAUAUAACCUGUUCUGUUUUGACUACUGGCAAAUACGAUCUGUUACAUAGUAUUUUCAGAACUGCAUGCUUGUAACAAAAUGAACCUAUUGAUAAUAUGUAUAUUUUCUUGGCAGAAAGACACAGAAGAUGAAGUUCGAGAUAUUAUACGCAAUAACCUUCACUUACAGGGCAAGGUAAUUUUAAAGUAUUGCAUCUUGGUCACCCUUGCAUAUUCUGUAUGGUGUUCAGGAUACCAUCUAUGUAGUUGAGUUUGGUUUUUUUUAUGAGUCAAAUAUCUCAUGCUUUGCCCUGUUUCAUAGUAACUAACACUCUUUUGUUUAGCUGUUUUAAUGGCCUUUUAGGUUAAAGCACAUAGUUUAGGAAUAUCCAGUUUAGUUUUCUACUUAUAGAGUGUACUCACAGAUUACUUCUGCUUUGCUCCUUCCCUAAUGUUAGAAGGAGCAACAAACCACUGUCCUUGACUUGGUGUUACUUGUGAACCAGGGAUUGUGAUAUUUGCACUCAAACAGACUUUGGCUUCACAUUGUGGUUUUUUUGGAGUAGUAUGCUACUGGCUUAGUGGCAAUUAACCUUUGCAAAGUUUCACUCAUCUGCUGGAAGCACUUUUGUGUGGCAGCAGCUCUUUGAAGUAGCUGUAAUAUGUAAGAGUUGCUUACAUAUGUAAGAAGUAUUACACCCUCAACUGGAAAGUUUCUAUGACACUACUGCAUAUUUUUGGAAGCAAUUGGCCCUUGCACAGGAACUCUGCAAUCUACAUGACGGAUGGAGAGCUUUUUUAUUUUAAUGCCUCCACACCAUGCUACUGCCGUGCAGAACCAUUUCUGAAUCACUGUAAUAUGCAAUAGACAUAUUUUGAUAUGAUUCUUAGGUAUGUCUUAAAAGCCAUCUUGGUAUUAAGCAGUAUAUAAAUUAAUGAAUAAUCCUAAUAUACAUGCACAGACACCCACCCAGCACUUUUUGCUCCAAAGCUCAUCAGAUCAGUGAACAAUAUAUAAAUAUGAAAGGAAUAUACAAUAAAAGUACAAUAAAUCAUAUUGUAUAUCUGGAAGGCUAAUUAUCCUGCAGCAGUUGGAACUGUUAAGCUACUGAAAAGUUCUGUCUUUGAGAUAAUGGAGAUAUUGACUGCUUGGUAUCUGCAUGACAGCGAUGAGGAGUAGAUUAGAGGCAUGGUUGGGGGAAAUAGUGUAUUUUAUGUUUGCAAGCUUAUGUACAAGAGAGUAACCUACAGGCUGCUUGAUCAUUCAAUCCAUGCCUACACCAAAUCUCUUCUUUCUGUGACAAUUAAGUUGUGGCCUCAUUCGUGCCGGCAUCUGGCUCUUAUCUGUUAUUUGCUGUUCACUUGCCACUUUGUGGGUGGCACUGUGGGUUAAACCACAGAGCCUAGGACUUGCCGAUCAGAAGGUCAGCUGUUCAAAUCCCCGCAACGGGGUGAGCUCCCGUUGCUCGGUUCCUGCUCCUGCCAACCUAGCAGUCGAAAAGCACGUCAAAGUGCAAGUAGAUAAAUAGGUACCGCUCCGGCGGGAAGGUAAACGGCGUUUCUGUACACUGCUCUGGUUCGCCAGAAGCGGCUUAGUCCUGCUGGCCACAUGACCCGGAAGCUGUAUGCCGGCUCCCUCGGCCAAUAAAGCGAGAUGAGCGCCGCAACCCCAGAGUCGGCCACGACUGGACCUAAUGUUCAGGGGUCCUAUUUUUUUUUUUUUUGCCACUUCUUGCAUCAUUGUGCCUGGUCCUAUGAAUGUUUAUUCAGAACUAAGCCCUGCUGUAUUCAAUAAGGUAGACACUCCUGCUUUGAAAUAGUACUGGCCUGGACUUCCAGGUUGGCGCCUCUGGCAAUGGCGGAUUUCCUCCGAUCGGGAGGAAUCCGCUCCGUGGAAAAAAGGGUCUGAACCGCCACGGCGAGGCGGAGACCCAUCAAAAACCACAGGCGGGAGAAGCCUGUGGACGUGGGAUUCGGCUGGCACCUUUGCGCCCCCCCAACUCGCAGGGAACCCCGGUUUCAGGGAUCCGGAGCGACGUGGGGUGAGUGGCGCGGUGCUUUGAAUCGACUGCUUCUUUCACGGAGUGAAGCCGCAUUGCUGUUGCCGGAGAGCGCUGACUUUUCCCUGUGGACAAUUGGAUUUUAAAUAACUGCCCGUGAGUAGAACGGAAAAUUGGAUUAAGAAAUUUCUUUUAAUUUGGCACUGAAGCGGGAAGGUCUAAACAGGAAGUCCGCCUUCCGCUUUUGUAGAUAGAUUAAAGCAAAGAUACGGCAAGCUAGAGUUUAGAAAGUCGUCUGUAAAGGAUCAAUUUUCAUCAUUUAAAAUUACUAAACCCCCCUUGGAAGCAGGAGAAGAGGGGGGAACAUCUUCUGGACUGUUUAAACCUGCAGAAGAGAGAGUAAAGAAAAGCAAUUUUCCACCGUCUUGAACCUGGGAGCGGGGUGUCAGGAUAGACGUCCUCAGGAAGUUCAUUGACUAUAGACAAACGUUUUUGACAGAUAGUUAAAAGAAGAGAAACAUAUUGAUUCCAUUGUUCCCCUUCGCAUCUAAAAGGAACAAAAUAUUGACAAAAUAUCUGGAAAAGGAAACUUUGUUGUUAGAUCUGCUUUAAAAAAAAAGGAAAAAAAGAGAGAGAUGGAUACAAAUAGAAGCUUUUUCCCCUAGAGGGAGCUUGCGAAACUGUUAUUAAAUCUGAACUGGGGAGCUUUGCAGCUGCAAUAGAUUAAGAUCGUGGGACCAGACUCUGACCUUGUACAAGAAUGUACUCGGAGGCUCUGGUGCUUGCCUUCUGCAAGACAAGUGCUUUAUUGGAACAGUUACAUGAGAAGACGGAUUUGAUGACUGUUGCGAUCGGAAAUUUUGGACAGGCAGUGGGUACCUAUAUAGAACCCACUCAGGAAUUAAUCCAGGAGUGUGCUCUGACAGAUCAGAUGAGGGAGGAGGUUGUUGCUGGACCUCGGGAGGCAGAGAUGGAGGGAAUUGUGGCCCAGCAGGAACAUGAAUUGUUGGAUUUGACGAAUGAACCUGGAAAAAGCCAGAUUUGGAGAGAUAGAGUCUUGUUUGGCUUGGAGAUGGGGGGCUGGAUAGACCCCCCUAUGCAGGGAUGUUUUGACCUUUCAAGUCUGGCUUUGGGCCGGGAGGAGUUCGGAGUUGUGGGGGCCCUUAACUUUGGAGGGACCUUGAAACAUGCUUUUAAAUACCACAUGGAGUUCAGUGUUGACUAUGGAAAAGGGGCUGAUCUGUCGAGAAGGGACAAAAAUAUUGUCAAGCUGGAGUCUCCACAAGUGAAAGGAGCAGAAGACAAAGUAAAGUACAGGUAUAAAUAUGAAGAAGACCUGCGGAAGGGACAUGGAAGAGAUUUAAGAGCUUCGGACAUAAGGUUACCAGGUUGAAGAACUAGAUGGAUGGGAUAGAAAGGACUGACAAAACCCGAGACCAGGAGGAAGAGACGUUGGAUGAAGAUUGGAAGAAAGUUUUUUAAAAAUUUAUUUAGGAAAGUUUUGUAAAAUUAAUGAGUAUUAGAAAAAUGUUGGAACGAAAUUAUUUGGCUUUAGCAGAAAUGUUAAAAAGAAUUAUGUAAGAAUAUGUUAUGGUUAUGAGAAAUUGGUAUAAAUAAGAUUGAAGUUUUAGGCUUUAGGGUUUUUUAUGGUAAGAUAAGGUUAAAAUAGAUUAAGGUAAUUUAAUGACAGAAUAUUAUGAAAGAUGGAAAGGAUUUGCUGAGAUAAUUAAUAACUAGAAUACAAAAAAGGGAGGUGCGAGGAGGUCGAUGAAAUAAGGUAAUGACAGUUAAGGAUUUGGGAAUAUUGGAUCUGUUUUUAAAUUUUUUGUCUAUUAUUGCUUUUUGAUUUUGAUGUAUUAUGUGUUUUGCUUUUUCUUUUUGAUUUUUAUUUUUAUUGAUUUGUAUUGUUUAAUUGUUACUUGUUUUUUCCUUCUUUUUCUCUUCGUUUCUUUGUAAUCUUAAAAUUCUCAAUAAAUAUUAUUAAAAAAAAAUGAAAUAGUACUGGCCUAGUUUAAGAAGUUUUAUAAUGCUAUUUAUGAUCUGCCCUUAACCAAGGGACCACUGAAACUCAUUAUCUAUCAUGCUACCAUGGUAGCAGCUGGAACUUUCAAGGUAAAGGACUAGAAAGUUAAAACAGCUUUUUGGUUGUCCUCCAGUGAGGAGGCAAUGUUAUUCCCUUUGAGAAGGGUGGGGAACCUGUGGUUCUCCAGAUGUUGUUGAAUUCAAAGUCUCAUUAGCCCCGACCAACAUGAACAGUGGUUAGGAAUGAUGGGAGUUGUCAUUCAACAACAUCUGGAGGUAGGGAUGGAUGGAUUGGUCCAGUUCAUGUCAGUUUUGCACUUGUCCACCCCGUUUCCACAUUAAUCUGCAGUGUGUGUGUGUCUAUCUGUACUUCCAAUAUGUAUUUUAUCGUAAAAAUAUUUAAAUAUGUAUUUUAACUGAGAUUUCUAAAAAUAUAUUAUUAUAAAAUGUGCUUUUAAGCCUUUCGGUACUUUUUUGAGCCAAUAACUCUAUCACAAAAUUUGGAAAAGUGUGAAAUCCGAAGGGAUAGCUAUAUUUUGGUCCAUGUAUUAGUCUCGGAGGUGUAAGUUAUAUAAAUUGUCCCCUGCUGUAGGCUGUAUCUUACUACUUGAUGAUUUGCCCAGGGUUAGUAAUUCUGGAGAAAAAAUUGGAUAAGACUUGACAAGGGAGUCUUGGCAACCCAUGUAGGCUAGUUCUGUUUAGAAGAAUGGUUUAUAUUGGUCCUAGCAAGUUGAUACUUAUUUUUAAUGCUUACAUUCUUCAUAAAAUCCCUUCUUCCUGCAGCUUGAAGAUCCCGCCAUUAGGUGGCAGGUUGCUCUUUACAAAGAUCUACCAAACAGGACUGAAGUUACUUCAGAUCCAGAGAAGACGGUGGAAAGGGUCCUGGAUAUAGCUAGUGUACUUUUUCAUCUGGAACAGGUUAGAUAUAUAUUUUAAUAUUCUUAAAGUCUAUUUUUAAAAGGCUCUCAACUACGGCUUUCAAAUAUACUUUUUGUAGCAUUGUGACAAUUUGGGAAUCUGGGAUUCCUACCACAAUAGUACAGUAAGAAAUAGUACAGUGAGAAAAUAUUAUGGACACAUGAAUCUAUUUUGUUCAGAAUGUGUAUUUUACAGAAAAACAACUAGGAAGUGCAUACAUAAGUAUUUUCAAUACAGAGAUCCACAGUAUUUGCUGGCAUAACUCAAUGAUUUUCUUUAGCUUUCAUUUAAAACUUCCAAGCUGCCCAUGAGUAGGAGAUUAACAAUUUAACGGCACAUACCACCAGAAUAAAGUCAACUUGAUUUAAUGCUCCCAGUUAGGCUGGUUUUUUGCAGUUAUGUUCUGAAACAUGCCACUGAUAUAAUAAUAGAGCUUCCCUCCCAUGCCAAUUAGCAGCUUUGGAGUUGUUCAUGAGACUACACAGUGCAGGAGGAAAUGUUACUGCGAUCCUGAUUCGUUCCCAAAAUGACUGCUGUGUACACUUUUAAAAAUAUUCACACAGUUCCAGGUGACAUGUUUGACUUUGUGUGUUGUUUGGCCCUAAAUCAAAAGCCAUCAAGUCUUGAUGUUUUCCACUUUUCUCCAAAGCUUUCUUUUAUCUGUAUGUGACAUAAAGUACAUUGUUUUGGUCUUUCAUUUUUUGCUUCAUCUAUUACUUUCCUUUUUAUUAUUACUUCCAGAAAUUCCCUAGUCGGGGCAGAAAAUUUUUCAAAAGGGGAAGUAUGGAGUGUCUUUUCAUAUUGCUAAUUAUGUUAGCUUUACCUAUUAAUAGUUUUUUUUAA